UAUUCUAAAUUCAAUAAUAAUUUUUCUUAUAAUUUUACUUAUUUUACUUGUCUUAAAAUUAAAAAUUUAUUUACCAUAUAUGGAUCAAAUAACAGUAUAUUGCGAGGACCAACGACAAAUAAAUUUCUCAAAAUCCGUUUUAUGUGAACAUAACGAAAGAAUAAGAAUUCUGCUACGUCCUUAUUCAAAUAAAACGUCAGUGUUUCUUUACUUGCCAUACUCCUUGGAUAUUUUACAACAAAUUAAAGAAUAUCUGGAAGAAAAACGAGAAAACAUAAAAUCAAUCAAAAAUGCGAUGGACAUAUUCCGCGUAGGCAAACGAUUAAACAUACGUGAUUUAAAUAGAGUAUGUCGGGAAUUCAUGACCAAUCUGUCAAGAGUUAAGGACGUGUGUUAUGUAUAUGAAUUUGCAUGUCAACUGGACGAUUGGAGAUUAGAAUAUUUAUGUUGGAAUAUAUUAUGUUCGAAAUGGCAGGAAAUUUUUUCAUCGGACGAAUGGCUGAACUGUAAAGCAACAACUAUUGAUAGACUCGUUCGCAGGCCAAUAAAUCGAUUUAUUGAGGAAGCAGAUGUAUUUUCAAUAGUUUUAAAAUGGGCCAAGAAAAGCGUUAAUAAUGAAAAAUCUCUUAGGAAAGUCAUGGAACCAUUCCUUCCGUACAUACGAUUUCUGACAAUGCCUGAAUGGUUUCUGGAAUCGCAAGUAUUCGUUGAACCGAUCUUAACGGACGUAGAAAGAGAUGCAAUAAGAUGUUACUUGCAAAAUAAAGAUUUCGACGACACAUGGUUUAUUCCAGACAGUAUUUGUGCCAUUAAAUGCCCAAGAAAGAACGAAUUGCUCUCUUCCUGGUUGUCCUACGUAAAUCGAAGUGCAUAUUUUAUUAACGCAGUAAAAAGAAUGAAUAGAAAUAUUCGAUUCAUAUGCGAAAUAGUUGUUAAGGAAGAUUGUUUUAUCAACGAAUUGCAUCUUCCUAUAACACAUUGCAGGAAAGAAGGAAUAACCGUAAUCUUGAAUAUUUCUCCUAACUUGAAGUUACCGACGGAAUAUCGUUUCAGAAAAGCAUGUAAUACGAACGGAUAUAUUUUAUCGAGUUGUCCUCUACGGAUUCUAAAGUUUACAUUUUAUCGAUUGAUUGUUAGAAUUGUAGAGACAUACAUCACUGCAGAAAAUGACAUAAGAAUCAGUCUCUCGGAAAAUUACUACAAUCCGUUCGAAGGAAUUCAAAGUUUUAAAUAUUUGCAAUCUGGAUUGAAAUUGCAAGAUGAAUUUGAGUAUAUCUGCUUCGAUGUCGUACCCGAAUUUUGACUCAAGAUACUGAAAUCCGUUUUCGUUUUUAUUAUAUAAUGCUAAUUUCGUAAUGUCUAAAAAUUAUAUAUUUUGAUUUCGAAUAAUUAAAUUUAAU